CAUUUUUUGUGUGUGUGUUUUUUUUUGUUGUUGUUAUUUUCCAACAAGCUUCUGCCCUCUGCUAUUAACAUUAUGCCUGAAUGUUUUGGUCUCGAUAGGUAGUUCUAUUACCUACGAGGAACAGCGUACGAUGGAGCUCUGAAGAGCUUGAAUGAUCCGCCAUGGUUAGUCAAGUUUAUGGCAAAACAUAGAAAACCCUUACCUUAUAACCUUGAACUGAAUUCUGGUCAUCAUUCAACUGAAUUCCACAAAGGGUACUUUCAUUCUGGUAACUGAAAGGCUAUUGUUUAUCACUCUCGUAGAUGCUGGUUUAUGAAUCCCGUUUGCAAGAAUUUUUGUUAUUUCCAAAAAUGCAUUGUUAUGUUGUGCAUCUUGGCAGGUUCACGUGGCAAGUAAUUGAAGAAGGUGACAUGGUCUUCACCAUUGUACCGUGAAAAGAGUAGAAAUUGGCCAAGUUACUGAUAACUUUUUUUUGUUGUUGUUGUUGCUAAGGGUGAUAUAAUAACCUCAUUAGAGUGAGAAGAAGUAUUGUACUGAUAAAUUUUUACCUGUCUAUUGCUUACAGACAGAAUUUUCACUCUCCCAUGGAAAACUGAUCUGGUCAGUAAUAAUAACCUCAUUAGGUGGUAUUUUCACGCUUCAACAAGGUAAAUUUCUAUUGCAUGCCAAUGCAAUGCAAUUGCAGUUUACGUACAAUACUUCUUCCCAUCUGAAUACGUUGUAACUUCUGUUUCACUGUGAUUUGAUAUUGUUGAAUCCGACUCAAUUGAUCUCUGUUGUUUAUGGCGAUUCUGUAUAUUAUGAUUGUGUCCCCAUGAAACAUCACUUUUGCAGAGCAUUCCCGGUUGCCAUUAAUUGAUGGAUCCUUUAUUUACGGCUUUCUUACCGUCGGAACUCCAAAUAUGAAAUAUGUUGCAUGAAUGUAAUGACGUUUACACCUUUCUUGCUGUUGAAACCAUCUUUGCAUCUUUCUCGUAUCUAAUGUUACUCUAUGGUAUUUAUUGUGAUUGUAGGAGUCAGCCAUGUCACUGCGUUAACCUUCAUUACAGAAUAAAUUGCUAUUAAUUUGGAAUUUCGGUGGGUUGCCCUUACAAAAGAAUGGGGUGGUUUAGAGCAGGAUGUAUGAUAUCAACAAAGCUCUCCGCCAAGAGAAAUCUCUGUGGAUUGCACAUUUUCAGAAUAGUGCAACCUUUCCCCUUUUCACCCAUCAGACGGAUUUUCCACAGCACAAUCACCAAACAAGAACAAGUGAAUGCCAACAGAAAAACAGACAGUUUCCUCGAUUCAGCAAACAGCGUCUACAUCGAGGAGCUCCAAAGAUCAUGGGAAGCCGAUCCAAGCAGUGUGGAUGAGUCCUGGGACAACUUUUUCAGGAACCUGGUAGGCCAGAAUCAUGUCAAGGGAAUGGCUGCAGCAGGCGUUGGGGUUUCUGGUCAGCAGUCGAUACAAGAGAGCAUGAGUUUGUUGUUACUGGUAAAAGCAUAUCAAGUAAACGGCCAUACCAAAGCCAACUUAGACCCACUCAACCUGGACUUAAACAAGGAUGCUAUUCCAGAGGACCUCGACCCAGCAUUCCACAGCUUCACAGAAUCCGACCUCGACAGGGAAUUCUACCUGGGAGUGUGGGACGACUCGUCUGGGUUCUUGUCAGGGAACCGGCCUGUAAUGACCUUGAGAUCCAUCAUGAAUCGGUUAGAACAAACCUACUGCGGCAACAUUGGGUACGAGUACAUGCAUAUCGACGACAGCAGCAAGUGCAACUGGCUGAGGAACAAGAUUGAGACACAGGAGCACAUAAACUAUGAUGUCGAACAACGUAAAGUUCUUCUCGACCGGCUGAUAUGGAGCACACGGUUCGAGAAUUUCUUGGCUGUCAAGAAAAAGGCAGAGAAGAGGUUCGGGCUCGAAGGUGGUGAGACUCUCAUCCCGGGGAUGAAGGAAAUGUUCGACAAAGCUGCUGAUUUAGGUGUGGAGAACAUCGUCGUAGGAAUGCCACAUCGUGGGAGGCUUAACGUGUUAGGUAACGUGUUCAGGAAGCCACUGGCACAGAUCUUCAGCGAGUUCGACAAGAAGGCUAAACAUGGUCUGAGCGACGAUGGUGAAGUGGGGGAUUACAUGGGGACGGGUGAUGUGAAGUACCAUUUGGGGACGUCGUAUGACAGACCGACGAGAAGAGGGAACAGGAUCCAUCUGUCUCUGAUGGCAAACCCUAGCCACUUGGAAGCUGUGGACACUGUCGUCUUGGGGAAGACGAGGGCGAAGCAGUACUACUUCAAGGAUUGUGACAGGACGAAGAACUUGGGUGUUUUGAUCCAUGGAGAUGGUAGCUUUGCCGGGCAAGGUGUGGUUUAUGAGACGUUGCAUUUGAGUGCCCUGCCUAAUUACUGCACUGGUGGGACUAUACACGUUGUGGUGAAUAAUCAGGUGGCUUUCACUACUGAUCCCAGGUCGGGAAGGUCUUCACAGUAUUGCACUGAUGUAGCCAAGGCGUUUAAUGUUCCGAUUUUCCAUGUGAAUGGCGAUGAUGUGGAGGCAGUUGCUCGCGUCUGUGAGCUUGCUGCAGAGUGGAGGCAGAGGUUUCAUGCUGAUGUUGUGGUUGAUAUUAUAUGUUACAGGAGGUUUGGGCAUAAUGAGGUUGACGAACCAUCUUUUACACAACCUAAGAUGUACAAGGUGAUUGAGAAGCAUCCUUCAUCGCUUGAGAUAUAUCAAAAGAAACUGCUGGAGUCAGGGGAGGUGACACAGGAGGAAAUCGACAGGAAACAUAACAAGGUGGAAUCAAUACUAAAUGAAGAAUAUGCAAACAGUAAAGACUAUGUCUUGAAAAGAACAGAUUGGCUUUCUUCACAUUGGGCUGGCUUCAAGUCCCCUCAACAGCUUUCUCGCAUUAGAAACACUGGUGUGAACCCAGAAGUGUUGAUGAAUGUUGGUAGAGCAAUUACUACAAUCCCAGAUGAGAUAAAGGCUCACAAGCAAGUGAAAAGAAUUUACGAAGAGCGUGCUCGGAUGGUCGAGAGUGGGGAAGGCAUCGACUGGGCACUUGCAGAAGCCCUUGCAUUUGGUACAUUGUUGGUUGAGGGAAAUCAUGUUAGACUGAGUGGCCAAGAUGUUGAAAGAGGCACAUUCAGCCAUCGACAUGCUGUGCUUCAUGAUCAAGAGACUUGGGAAAAGUACUGUCCACUAGGCCAUACUAUGCCGGGCCAAGAUGAGGAGAUGUUUACUGUAAGCAACAGUUCACUCUCGGAGUUCGGUGUGCUUGGAUUCGAGAUGGGUUACUCCAUGGAGAACCCUAAUGCUUUGGUGAUGUGGGAAGCUCAAUUUGGCGACUUCUCUAAUGGAGCUCAAGUUAUGUUCGAUCAGUUCCUUAGUGCAGGGGAAUCGAAAUGGCUGCGCCAGACUGGACUGGUUGUUCUGCUCCCUCAUGGCUACGAUGGACAAGGACCAGAACAUUCCAGUGCUAGAUUGGAGCGCUUCCUAAUGAUGAGCGAUAGUUACCCUUACGUAAUGCCCGAAAUGGAACCAACACUCAGAAAGCAAAUCCAAGAAUGCAAUUGGCAGGUCGUGAAUGCCACCACUCCUGCCAAUUACUUCCAUUUGCUGCGCCGCCAGAUACACAGGGAGUUCAGAAAGCCUCUGAUAGUGAUGUCCCCCAAGAACUUGCUACGACACAAGCUCUGCAAGUCCCAUCUCUCCGAAUUCGACAACGUGCAAGGCCACCCUGGAUUCGACAAACAAGGAACCAGGUUCAAGCGGCUCAUAAAGGACCAGAAUGGACACUCUGAUGUGGAGGAAAGCAUUAGAAGGCUCAUUCUGUGCUCUGGAAAGGUGUACUACGAGCUGGAUGAAGAGCGUGGAAAGGGUGAUAACGCAAAGGACGACAUUGCCAUUUGUAGGGUGGAACAAUUGUGUCCAUUCCCAUAUGACCUUGUCCAAAGAGAGCUGAGGCGUUAUCCAAAUGCGGAGGUAGUAUGGUGCCAAGAAGAGCCGAUGAACAUGGGAGCUUAUAGUUACAUUCUGCCACGGCUGGCGACGGCCAUGAAAGACAUGGGGAGAGGUUCCUACGACGAGAUCAAGUACGUCGGCAGAGGAGCAUCAGCUGCAACAGCGACGGGUUUCUAUCAGGUUCACAAACAAGAGCAGUCUGAAUUCCUUCAACGUGCCAUGCAAACAAACCCCAUCCAAUUUCCUUGAUGAUGAUGAUGAUGAUGAUGAUGAACAAACCACAGUGAGAUUCGGACACCUAAAACAUCAACCACUGUUGAAGGUCAAUUCAGGGCUAGCUGGCUGAUCAAUUUCCGACUUGGUAAGUUCUAAGAAGGAGAGAUGGAUUUGAGGAAUAAAGAUUGGACUUGGGAAAAUAAUAGAUUCGACAAUUAGUUGUUUGGUUGAUAGAUAGAUUUUAGUGUGGAAUUCUCCACCCUCGAACUCAAAAUAUGUCCCGAAUCAUUUAAAUAUUAAUAAAGACUUAUAUAAACUCAUUUUGAGUAAAAUCCUGAAUAUGCUAUUGCAAAAGACUUUAAAAAAGAAUUGAGUGUCCACAUACGUUUUCCUAUAUUUCACGUACGGGCGUUAAAAAAACACAUUGAAAUCAGCAGUCGGUGGAUUAUGAUAAAGUUUCAGAAAAUUACACAUAUUGAUACCACUAACACCUUGCCGAUUUUUUUACUAAACAAAGAAAGGAUGCCUCUCCACAUAAGUCAUUAUGUUACAUAAAUGGUGGAUUAAGAUAUAGGUUUCAUAAAACUACACAUAUACCGAUACCACUAAUCACCAUGUCGAUGUUUUUACUAUGCAAGAAAGGGAUGUUUCUCCACCAAAGUCAUCACCUUUGCAUUAGUUCAUGCCACCCAUCAUCUAAACACCAUAUAUCCACCUGGGCCACUGACUGUUAAUCCAAUUAUAACUUGUCUUAAUAUUAGGAGGGAAUCAUUAAGUGCCCAAAUGUAGUCAGGCGUCAGCCGCUUAAUUAGGUCAUUAUAAAGAAAUCUAAUUACUGAGCACAAUAUGGAAAUGAUAUUGCUAUAUGACUUGGAGGUUCCCAUAAUCGACUGCACAAUUUUAUUUUCCACCUAAGUUUCAAUAAUUUCAAUCGCCAAAGAAGGACACGUACGUGGAGGCUAAACAUGAUAAAAUCAUAAUGGUUAUCUAAAUUUAAAUUGCAUCUCCAAAAAAAUAAGGUUAAUAGCUUCUCAUCUUGGCAGGUCCGAUACUUUUUCGUGUUUAUGCAACAUUGAAAUACAUAUAUUAGAAUACUCAUACUAACUAAAUAUUCGUAAAAAAAAUAAUAUUGUAGACCUUUUAGAUUAUACCUAGUUCCGCCAUCGAACCAAAUGAAAAAUACAAAAAAAAAAGGAUAAUUAAAAGAUUUUCAUUAGGAGUAUGAGAGGGAUAGCAUUUUCAAUUUGGUAUAAAACUAUAAUGGGAUGUGAGCUAAUAUAAAUAUAAUAUUACAUGAUGUGGGUGUGAUUCCACCAUACUGAAUUUGGUGAGUGCUGUUUACAUGUGUGGCUAUUUAUACUCCCCAAGUGGCCUCAGCAUAUUCGGAUUAAUAUGUGGAUCUUAAGCUUAGGGACAUGACACUACGUACUUAUGUUUAAGGAAUGGUUUUUCUUUUCUAUUCUUGUGGGACAGGUGUUAAACUUAGUAUCUACUACUAAUUAUUAAUUAAUAUAUGGCCUGUAUGGUAAGUCUAUGUAAAUUCGGAGUAUAUGAAUUUGUCAUCGUUUGAGAGAGUAUAUGAAAAAAUGAUAUAAGACUCAUAUUUGGAUAUCUUCAAGAAUUAUAAUUAUUCUGAUCAAUUGGUUAUUGAAAUUUGUAUGUUGCUUUGAUACAGGGGCGGAGCUAGGUGGAGCCCCCGAAUUUAGAAACUACGUACAAAAUCUCUUCGGAUUGUGAAGAAUUACGUAUAAAAUAGAUGUUAUUGUAAUAUUAACUUUGUGCGCAAUAAUGUGACAAGAAACGAAGUGGCGGACGAGUGGUUGAAGAUUCAAUCUUAUAAAAUGGGUGCACAGGAUCGAAUUUUGCCAAUAGCGAAUUAGCUCUUGUUUUUGUCAUUCUCAAGUUGUAAGCCACGUUCUCACCUAAACUACAGCAAGUUAACUGUUAUCUCACCUAAACUACAGCAAAUUAACUGUUAUCUAAGUGUCAUUUUGCCCUUUCCAUAUUGAAAUAGGCCAAUAAAUUGUUUGAAAAUGAUAAAAAUGAGCUACAUAUUGAAAUGCAUGAUUAAUUUUUUUUCGUAAUUUAAUAAUUUGUUUUGAGUAUAUCACAUAGCAAAUAAUUAUCUCAAUUCUUGUUUCGUUAUGAUAAUAAAAAUUCUAUAAACUUUUUUUUGUCAUGGUAAACUAAACAACUUCGGCCUCCCCGAGAUCCAAAUCUUGGCUCCGCCCCUGCUUUGAUAUCCAAUUUAUAUAGUAGGUUCAUACCAACAAUCAUCUAAAUUUUUAUUUUUCGGUCAACUUACAAACAAGAUAGUACAACGUACUUGAAAAAUGAUGAUCAAUUAACCAUAAAAGAAAGUCUCAUUAUAAGUAAUUUCUCUCAAUGGCCAUCAGAAGCAUGAAUUUUCCAAAUAUUCAUAAUAAUCAAAAUAGUCUCAUACGUAUCCAUUGAGUGAGCCCACAGGCAUCUGAACAAAGAAGAUAAUGGGUUCUUGAAAAAAAGGAGAAGAUAAUGGGUUUCCACCAAAAACAAUCCCACACAAACGAAAAGUGUCCACGACCGGUCUUUUAAAAGUCCAAAGAAGUCGAGAAAAAAAAAAAAGGCUUUAAUUUCUUGACCCAUUUAGCAGUGAGCCCAUUCUGCAACCUAACCUUCUAGUUGGGCGAGCCAAAUUUAAGUUGAUUAUUGGUUGUUUAACGCACUAAAUAAUGUUAAUUGAUAAACUAAAAGCUAAACAAUUUAUUUUUAGUGGCUAGGAGAAAGUUUGAUUGUUUGUUAAAUAAGAUUAUGGUACACGUAACAUCUCGAAUCUUUUUCCGAAUAAUAUAUUGUCCGCGCUUUGAGUUUCGACCCUCACGGUCUUUUGUCUUGGGGGUGUAAUAUUAAUGUGACUUUUCGUAAGAUCACUCAUCCUUGUUAUACAACACAAUAAGCAGUAAGCACGUUU